AUGGUUAUUAAAUCGUUCACAGAUGAGCAGUUGAACUUCUGUAAGUUUUCAACCCUUGUCGUCGAUGAAUUCCCUAAAGCUCUACGCAGGACAUUCAAACACAUGUGGGAAAGUGUCGGACCAGGAUCGAAAUGGGAUGACUCAGAGGGUGUGAGAGAUUCAUUUCUGACCAAAGAGGGAGGCAAAACCAAAGUUCCCACAGACAAGUCCUACGAGGAGUGGGAUUGUACAGCGCUGUUUCAAGCCACUAUCCACGCGCAAACUUUCGCUUUACCCGACGGCAAAGGUAACCUCAAAACUCUUGGUGAGUUGUACGUAAAGCCCCGUGGGUUCAUGCCUAGUGGACGUUUCCAUGCCUCUGUGUUGAGUCCGAGUGGAGAUCAAGCGGAAACGUUUGCUCUGGCGAUUGAUCAGCUGCGACUGUUGCGAAACUCUUUGUCUCAUUUGACCACUUCAAAAAAACUUAAUAAAACAACAUUUGACCAGUACACUGAACACGCAAAAGAUGCGUUCAAAGCUCUUGGAGUGGCGACAGACUCGAUUGAUGACGUUAAAAGUUUACCCGAGUCUCACUUUCCUACGGAAGAGGUCGCCAGGUUGGAGCGCGAAAACAAACUUUUGAAACUUCAACUGAAAGUUCAGAGCAUUUUUUUAUUUGAUUAG